CUGGGUACCUGGUACCAGUUGUGUGGCCUUGAGCAAGUGGCUGCAUAUCUCAUGUGUUUCCUCUUUUCCGGAAGAAGUGAUGGUCGUGCUGUCCCCUUGGGCUUGUGAUGGGUUCCAGUUGGGUAGUCCGUGGCAAGCACCUGGUAGAUGUGAUUCCCACCCUGGGCUGGGCACUCAGAGCCAUGGCUGACACCAUCUUCGGCAGCGGGAAUGAUCAAUGGGUUUGCCCCAACGAUCGGCAGCUGGCACUGCGAGCCAAGCUGCAGACGGGCUGGUCCGUACACACCUACCAGACAGAGAAGCAGAGGAGAAGCCAGUGCCUCAGCCCAGCAGAGAUAGAGGCCAUCCUGCAGGUCAUCCAGAGGGCUGAGCGGCUUGACGUCUUGGAGCAGCAGAGGAUUGGGCGAUUGGUGGAGCGUCUGGAGACCAUGAGGCAGAACGUGAUGGGAAAUGGCCUGUCCCAGUGUCUGCUCUGUGGAGAGGUGUUGGGCUUCCUGGGCAGCUCAUCAGUGUUCUGCAAAGACUGCAGGAAGAAAGUCUGCACCAAAUGUGGGAUCGAGGCCUCCCCUGGCCAGAAGCGGCCCCUGUGGCUGUGUAAGAUCUGCAGCGAGCAAAGAGAGGUCUGGAAGAGGUCGGGGGCCUGGUUUUACAAAGGGCUCCCCAAGUACAUCCUGCCCCUGAAGACCUCCGGCCGGGCUGAUGACUCCCACUUCCGGCCUUUGCCAGUGGAGCCGGCAGAGCGAGAGCCCAGAAGCACUGAAACUGGCCGCAUCUACACAUGGGCUCGAGGGAGAGUGGUUUCCAGCGACAGUGACAGUGACUCAGAUCUCAGCUCCUCCAGCCUAGAGGACAGACUUCCACCCGCUGGGGUCAGAGACCCAAAAGGCGACAAACUCUGGGGGGAGUCGGGUGGCAGUGUGGAGGCCCCCAGGACGAAGUUCACCCGCCCACCCAGCCUCUCCGGGAGCCAGAGCACCCCAGCCAGUGAGACCAGGGCAGGCUCUGCAGACCUGCAGGUGGGCAUCCCACCCAGGGCCGACCCCAAAGGCCCCGGCAAAAGACACACCUGGGCAAGUCCCCGCCGCUGA